AUGGGUGCUCAGGAAGGUUGCGAGAAGUUUGGUCAUCCUUACGAGCCGUAUGAGAUACAGCUGCAGUUGAUGCGGUGCAUCUACGAUGCGCUUUCUAGUGGUAGAAAAGUCGCCGUGGUGGAGAGUCCCACUGGUACUGGUAAGACUUUGUCGCUGAUCUGCUCUGUUGUCAGCUGGCUGCGGAGAAACAAGCCGGAUCUUUUGGCUGGGGCGUUUGGCGAGGACGCGGAAGAGGAGGACGAUGACGAGCCUGACUGGGUCAACGAGACGUACAAGCGAUCUGUGCUGGGUUCCAGAUUGCAAGCGAUGAGAGAAUAUGAGCAGCAUCUGGAGAGGCUGAGUAGAGAUCUGAGGAUGCUGGUGCCGGAAGUGCGGGAAACAGCCGGGAACACGUAUAAGAGAAGGAAGACUCCGUCUCGCGUGGAGGUCUCUGUCGCAGAGAGUGAUUUCUUGGCUCAGCCUUACGAAUCGGACUCGGAGAACGCUAACAAUGACGGCGGGGUGAUCCAUGCGGGUGACAAGCAGAAGUUGGAGCGAGAGGUUAAAGAGAUGCUGGCUAAACUGGAAUCGUCGCGAUCGGACGAAAAAUCGAGCCUGAAGAAUGAUAACUUUAAUCCCGUCAAGAUUUUCUACGCCUCGAGGACUCAUUCUCAACUGAAUCAGUUUGCAUCUCAAUUGCGCUUGCCUAAGUUCGAGUCAUCGUUUGUCGAACAACAGGUGCCGGUGGAAAGGCUCAAAUAUGUGCCGCUGGCUUCGAGAAAACAGCUUUGCAUUAAUGAAGACGUCAAGAAGUGGGGAAGUGUUGAAGCCAUCAAUGACGCGUGCGCUGAACUUCUUAAGAGCCCGAAAGGCUGCCAGUUUUAUCAGCCCUCGUCUGCUUUCUAUAAGGAGCAUCUCUCGCGCUCUUUCAGAGAUAACACUUUUGCACAGAUACAGGACAUCGAAGAUUUAUGUGCCCUUGGUAAAGCGCUACACGUCUGUCCCUACUAUGCAACCCGCGAUUCCCUGACUGGUGCAGAAGUGGUCACAUUGCCGUACCAAUAUUUGCUCUCAGAAUCGACUAGAAUGCAACUUGGAAUUGAUCUGAAGGACUCGAUAGUUAUCAUAGAUGAAGCGCAUAAUUUAGUUGAAACUAUAAAUGCGAUUCAUUCAGCUGAAAUAUCCCUUGCUGAUCUGACGUUGUGUAACGAAGGCGUGAAAAGAUAUCUUGAGAGGUUCAGAUCAAGAUUGAAUCCUGGAAAUAGAGUGAACCUGAUGAAAUUAAUGGAGCUCAUGAGAACUUGGAUAGCCUUUAUUAGAAAUAACUACAAGAAGCCUGGUCAGGAGAUAUCAUUCGUCGAUUUUUUUGCAUCGACUAACAUCGACACGUUAAACAUCCAUAAAAUAAAUCGUUACAUUACUAAAUCGAAGGUUGCAUACAAAAUCGACACAUACACUAAAUCUUUAUCGGAGGAGUCAUGUAAUUCGGAUUCUUCGUCAAAGGCUCCGGUUAAGGCAUCAUCAAAUCCUCUGCUCUUCAAGGUUGCUAAUUUUCUGCAGUGUCUGACCAAUCCAGCCAAAGAAGGUCGGUUUUUCUUCGAGAAAGGUCAGGUUAUCAAGUACAUGCUUUUAGAGCCAGCAGAGUCUUUCCAGAGCAUAGUUAAUGAUGCGCGGUGUGUGAUCCUGGCAGGUGGUACCAUGCAGCCAGUGUCAGAUUUGCUGAAUAACCUCUUCAUGGAAAUCCCCAAGGAGGAAAUCUCACUAUUUUCCUGUAAUCAUGUUAUUCCAGAUGAGAAUCUUAGGGCCUACAUUCCUCAAGAGAGUCAGUUUGAAUUCACUUUUGAAAAGAGGCAGUCUCUUUCCCUCAUCAAGGGUGGGCUAUUUCAAUUUUACCUAGCCCUUGCCAAGAACGUUCCCACCUCUGGUGGCAUUGUGGGGUUUUUCCCUAGCUACCAGUAUCUUGAAUAUGUCUAUAACAUUUGGAAACGCGAAGGACUAUUCACAAAGCUGGAUAAUGUGAGAAAGAUCUUUUACGAAAGCAAAGUUAAUGAAGAUCCUUUACCUGCCUAUACUGAGGCUGUUUCAAAAGGCAAAGGAGCUUUAUUGCUUGCCGUAGUUGGAGGCAAACUCUCGGAGGGUAUCAACUUUCAAGACGAUCUAUGCCGAGCGGUAGUUAUGACCGGUUUGCCAUUUCCAAAUGUUUUCAGCGGUGAGUUACUGAUAAAGACUAGACAUCUGGAAAAUAAGAUUAUAUCGAGCGGUGGUACCACAAAAGAUGCCAAACAGGCCACCAGGGACUUUUACGAAACGAUUUGCAUGAAGGCUGUUAAUCAAUCUAUUGGUCGAGCAAUAAGGCACGCAAACGAUUACUCUCUCAUAUUCCUUCUUGACAAACGUUACGCUAAUCCAGAGAUCAGUAAAAAGUUGUCCCAAUGGGUGAGCAGGCGUCUUCAAUCUCAAUCAACUGUCACCGAAAUCAUGAAAGAUACAAGCAGUUUCUUUUCGUUACAUAAUCAUCGAUAA